GGAUGAGUUUUGGAAAUACAUUGAACAGAAAGAGACAAAUCUACUCAGCAGUAAAACAAACACUUUUUUCCGAAAUUGCAGUUUGAGCUCGCUUAUGCAUGAAGAAUAAAUCUCUUUGACAUGCAGCUGCAUUUUAAUAUGCUAUUUUUAGAAGCAAGCGUCACUGCGCAUUGUGACGAGGCACGGCAAAGCCUGGACAGAAGUCUCUCAUGUCGACCUAUAGUGGUGGUGAUAGGCCAUGGUCACACAUAGGCUAGUCUACCUAAAAGGGAAAAGGAGAUAACUCUUGUUAUCGCUCCAGCCAACGCCUCAAGCGAAAAUUGGGGCAAUUGCUAUCGAUGUGAUACAUUUUGGAUUAAUGAAUAAUUCCAAAAAAUAAAAAAUAAACUAAGCAGUCUAACUCGUUUCCUAGGCACUGAAGUAGAAUAAAUGUUGAGGAAAGAAGUUUUGGUCAAUGAAGCUGAGCUGUAGGCAACAUGAUUGUAUAUUAUCUUAAAUUUCACCAGGCAUGAACUAGUUAAUCACCGGCAACUCUCUCAUCAUGACAAGGGAAAUGCAUUUGGUCGGCUUGUGAGUGCCCUGAGCGUAAGAGAGGGGUGGUUUUCAGUGAUACAAGUGUCCUGUGCUGGCUCAGGCCGAAAUCUUGGUACACCCAUAAAUCCUGCGGCGGUACAAACGUGGAGCCAAAAUAUCUCCUACUCAAUAUUCAAAAAUCCUGACGAUGUACCGCACCUUCUGAAUAAUUAAUUGAAUGACGUAACCAAUGCGGUGUCAGAUGUAGCCCAAACUUGAGGGGGGCGGGCCCAGAAUAAAUCAUGAUGUAGUCGUGACGUCCAUUCGGGAGUUUUAAUCCUUUGCCGCAGCAUAUCAGCAGGUAAUGAGAGGAGGGGGACGUUCGGUCGGUCGGAACGAAUUUACGACGAAACGACCAAAUUAAACAGGAUGCAGGACAAAAAUCAUUAACACUUUAACCGUAGGAAUACGGCCGAGGCUACUAGAAGGAAAAACGACCGACUACACAUUGGCCCCUCCUCUUUCGUAUAGGAAGCUGAGCCGUAUUAUCUAACACUACUGUAUAUAGCCUAUUCUUAUUGUUCUAAUUGAAAAUACGCAACAUUUAAAUUCUACUCAAAUAAAUGGGGGAUUACGGGUUUAGCUUGCUCCAGACAGUAAGUAUAAACAACAACAGCUCCACACACUUCGGCGGAGGCGCUUUUAGGUCCUACUCGACCCCCUCUCCGGUUUCCACCGGCCAGCUCUACCCCAACUCGACUCCGGUCUCUGGCAACACUGUCCCCGGCGUGUCCUCUCUAUUCCUGUCAGCUACUGCGCAUCAUCAAAACAUGCAGGAUGAGCCUGUGGGGGUGACAACCUCGCAGCAACCCCUGUUAAUCGAGCAAACCAACGACAACAGCAGAAAAACCGGUCAUCUGCAAGCUAACAGCAGCAACAACAACCACAGCAACCAACUGGGAUUUAACACACAGGACUACAACGCCCUGUAUCAGAACCAACAGCAGUUCGCCGAUUUUAAAGCAACUGUAGGUCAAGAACAGUUCUGUCCGACGCAGUCGAUCUGUGACCUUCAGCACGACCGGAAAAUACAUCAGCAGUUAAGUCAGCAGGCUGAGUUCGGCUGCUCAGAGCCGCCCCCACCCCAAGGAGAAUUUAGUCACCUGCCUCAGAAGCAGCCUUACACCACCGUCGGCUCGACCGAAUCCGAUCCUAACACGGACUCGAGCCACGAUCAAAUUCGCAGCUUGUCGGUGGAGAAGGCAGAAGCCGAUGUGGUUGCUGCCGCGUCGCCAUCGCCCACUUCCGUGAAUCCAAACAAGGUAAAGAUCCAAAUGGACUCCCCCAACUCCCAUCACAUAAACAACGGCAAUGGCACCGGUACCGGCAAUAACAUACUGCCUGGAGGUAUCGGAGCCGGCUUCUCUAACCUCCCACAUCAAGAAAUGCAGAAUGCGGGAGGCGGCUCAGCUUCGCCGACACUCCCUGGUUUCGGAACCCCUUGGUCCGUUCAGACGAGCUCCCCACCACCACCCAUCUCCAACUCAGCCAACCCCAGCCAUGCAAACGCGAUGAACCAGAUACCUAACGCAGAACCUGAAAACAAUUUUUACCCGGGGAUUCCCUCCUCCAUCAACCCGGCCUUCUUCCAGAGCUUUUCAUCGGUGUCUACUAAUCCUUGCGCCGGGAUUAACGUGCAAGGCUUCAGCAGCCCUUUCUCGCCCCAGAUCAACAUCCCCCCACAGCAGCCCCAGAGCCGCCGGUCCCCGGUCAGUCCCCAGAUGCACCCGCAACAGGGAGCCUAUUUGCAGCAGAGGAACAAUUACAACCAUCACCAGCCUAUGGUGAAGCAGUCUCCCUGGGGCAGUCACCAGGGCAGUGGCUGGAACUCUGGAGGGAUGAACUGGGGAAGAGACCACCGCCGCGUGGGGAUGGGGGUCCCCGGUUCUGUCAGCCAGGUCUCUCCCAUGAAGAAACCCUUCUCCAGCAAUGUCAUCGCCCCUCCCAAGUUCCCCCGCUCGGCUGGUUCCAUGGGGCCCAAGUCCUGGAUAGAGGAGAACGUUUUCCGCACCGAUAACAACAGCAAUACUCUGUUGCCAAUGCAGGAUCGCCCCCGAAUGUAUGACAGUCUAAAUAUGCACUCCCUGGAAAGCUCCCUGAUUGACAUCAUGCGGGCGGAGCAGGACCCCCUGAAGGGCCGUGUGGGAUGCCCUCACCCCGGGGCAGAUGGUCUGCUCAUGCUCAAUGCACGGAGCUAUGGGAGACGACGAGGACGUUCUUCCUUGUUCCCGAUCGACGACGUUCUCCUCGACGACGGCCAUGGCAACCAGGGCGGCCCUGGAGGUCUUGGCUCCCCUAACUGCUACCCUCACCAGAAUGGGGAGCGCAUUGAGCGUUUCUCCCGUAAGGUGUUUGUGGGAGGCCUCCCUCCAGACAUUGAUGAAGAUGAAAUCACCACAAGCUUCCGCCGCUUCGGCCAUCUGGUGGUGGAUUGGCCUCACAAGGCCGAGAGCAAAUCCUACUUCCCCCCUAAAGGUUACGCCUUUCUGCUGUUCCAAGAGGAGAGCUCUGUUCAGGCUCUGAUCGAGGCCUGUCUGGAGGAGGAUGGCAAGCUCUACCUGUGUGUGUCCAGUCCAACCAUCAAGGACAAGCCAGUCCAGAUUCGUCCGUGGAAUCUGAGCGACAGUGACUUUGUGAUGGACGGCUCUCAGCCCCUCGACCCGCGGAAGACCAUCUUUGUAGGAGGCGUCCCUCGCCCCCUUCGUGCAGUGGAGCUGGCCAUGAUCAUGGAUCGUUUGUAUGGCGGCGUCUGCUACGCUGGCAUCGACACCGACCCGGAGCUCAAGUACCCCAAGGGGGCGGGUCGUGUGGCCUUCUCCAAUCAGCAGAGCUACAUCGCUGCCAUCAGCGCUCGAUUCGUUCAGCUGCAGCAUGGGGACAUUGACAAACGGGUGGAGGUGAAGCCCUACGUCCUGGACGACCAGCUGUGUGAUGAGUGCCAGGGGGCACGCUGCGGGGGCAAGUUUGCGCCCUUCUUCUGCGCUAACGUCACCUGCCUGCAGUACUACUGUGAGUUCUGCUGGGCCAACAUCCACUCUCGUGCCGGCCGUGAGUUCCACAAACCCCUGGUCAAAGAGGGGGCCGAUCGCCCACGCCAGAUCCACUUUCGCUGGAACUGAAGGCCGUGGAGAGAGCGGAGAGACGACGACAUUGCAUGAGGCAGGCAGAAGUGCAUUGUUCUGUCCCCUCACCCCCCACAAGCUAGCAGUGUAGAAUAUGUAACAGUAUACAGUUUAAGCAAAUAUAAAUCUAUAUAAAUCUAUAUCUCUAUAAAAAUAUAAAUAUGUAUCUUUUGUAGCAGCCAAAACACUACAAGCCUCAGUUUUUCACCAAACCACCCGCCAUCUCAGGCUUUGAUGACUUUUUUGUGGUACUUUCAUGUUUUUUGAAAAGAAAAAGGAGAUUAACAGAAGAGAGAUUGAUUUUUUUGUAGUUUUUUCAAAUUAUUUUUCUAUGUGAGAUUUAAAGUAGAUACGAGAAUGUUUUCGCAUGGGAGGGGGCAGCCCGUCUGUCUGUUUGCUGCUAGUUCCCCCCCCCCCCCCCCCCCUCCUCCCCCAGAUGGUGGGUGAAGUGCGCCCUUGUUUCUGGAAAAACCUUGAUUAUUUAAUCUCUGAUGCCUGCCCCAGGUCAUUAACCAAAGGUAGCAAAAAUGAUAGGAAGCAUGAAAGUGAAAGAGAGGAAAAAGCAAACUAACAAAACGACAAAGACCUAUCUCCUUAUGUUUCGACGUGCUCCUUAUACUUACAAAAGAAUAAUUCUAAAAAAAGAAGAUAGGGCUAUGUUUGCUUUCGAUUUAGACCUGCAAAAAAAAAAGACAAUACCUCAAAAUAAUGAAUCUGGUUUGUAGUUAACUCUAUCUACCAUUGUUAAUCACACAAGCUAUGUAAGAAGCUUUGCUGCUAUAUAUAAUAUAUGAAUAGAUGUAUAGUCGUUAUAUUAAAUGCCAUCUACUAGAAAGGAAUCGUUAAAAAUGAAAAUGCAGUCUACACGGUCACUCAGACAUGGCAGCCGCUGUUGCUCCUGAAGACUAGAAUGUGAAAACGUAAGUGCAUGCUUGUGUCUAUAGGCCAUGUGCAUGCAGGGUAGUGGUUACUGGUUACAUAUAGAGAAAGAAAACAAGUUACAAAACUCAUAUUAAAGGAAAAAAACCUCAACACUAUGUAGCAUGAACAAGAGAAACUAUCAAAAGAUCUUGGUAUCAGAAGUGAAUUAAGUUGAGAAGUUCGUACAAAAAAAAAACAUGCAUGCAUUGAUGUGAUGAUUAUUCCACCAGAAACAUUAGUUUUAGAUUAUGACGUCUGCCCAUCUUUUUAUAUUUGGUGAUUUGUGAGGAUUUCAACAAAAAAAGAAGAAAAAAAUCUGAGUGGUGUUUGUGGUUAGUGUAUGUGGCGUCCGUGUAACGUGUGGCUGUAGUUAGUGUGGAUUGAGGUUUUUUGUUAAGUUACAAUGUAGAUAAAGAGGAAACUUUUGCCUUUACCCUACUUAAAUGUUACCUCCCUAUACUCAUACACUCAACCAGUGUUUCUCGAUGUAGCAUAGACCAUAGCUGACAAAAGGCUCAUUUUAAACUGUAGUCAGAUUUAAAAAAAUUAUCCAGUGUAAAAUGGGUAGGCAUUUUACACGAACACAUUAGCUAGCCAAUAAAGGAUACAAAACACAUAGGCAGUUGGUCAGAAGAAACAACUUCUUUGUUUCACCUAGAGUUAGUGAUGAUGUCUGCUGAUGCAACAUGUAUGCAAGUUUAGGUAAGGAGCUAUAGAUGGAAUAGCUUCUCGGUUUCUCAAAUCAAAUAGUGGUAUCACUUAAUAGUGUCAGUGGGGAAGAAUGAUCACUUGAGAGACAAAAACAACAAUCAUUUAUGUCCCUUAACUCCUCCUUCAGCGUCUGGUAGGAUCAUGAAAAAGAGUAAAGAAUAGCUAAAUUUGUGCCGUCAUGAUUUGUCCCCUCCCAGUGAUCCUGUGCGGUUAUAACACUUAAUUAACUCUUAGGGACAAUCUCUCCAAUAGCCGCGGAGGCCAGUUCUGCAGCUGGCUGUCUGGUACUGUACUGUAUAUUGGUGUAUGUGUCGAACUGACUUUAUUUUCUGUGCUGUGUGCUUUUCUGUGUUUGUCUGUGAGCACCACACCCAAGUGUUGCUGUCCUUUUGGUGUUUGUGAUUGAAGCUUUUUAAGUGACUCUACUGUUACUACUUCAAGAUGAGAUUGUAUGGUUUAUUUAUUGAGUUGUGUCUUUUAAAAAAACAAAAAUAGAGUAUUUAUUUGUCAAUAUGCUACACAUUUUGCAUUUGCCCCCCUUUGAUCUCUCUAAUCACUUUUGAUAAUAUAGUGCACUACAUGUUCCGAAUUUCCUACUUUCUGAAUACAGUCCUUUGUUGAUCUUACCAUUAUGGUUAUCAACAAGCCGGCUAACCCUGAAGUUUUGAAAAAUGAAAAGCUGUCCGUUUUCUUUACCUGUAUGUCAUCAUUUUAUAAAUGAUUUCACGUCCCUUGGACAUCUACCUAUUUUUUAACCAGAUGAUUUUAAUAUUCCUUAUUUUUUCAUAAUAAGUUAUUUAAUAUUUUUUUGCAAGUGGGCUUAGGUUUUCUAUGUGAAUGCAGAGCAGUAAUGGAAAUGUGUGUUCUAAAGGAUGUCAGGGGAUUUGGGGUGGUGCUUUCCUUGAAGGCACUGCUUGCUAUGCCUGGUCAAAUCAAAAUGGAGGACGAAACAUGCAUAUGAGAUUUGCUGAGCUUUGCCUCAAAGAUAUACACACACACAUAUAUAUAUAUAUAUAUAUAUGAAGGAACCUUUCACAUUUCCUUAAGUGUUAGUGUCCUUGUGACUGUUGACACUACAACACAGCUAUGUUAGAACUGGGUCUAAAUGGUUGAAAGAGUGACACUAGCGAAAGCGUUGGCACCCAACCACACCACUUUCCCUUGACACUGGCCUCUUUGUGUUGUGAGUACCGUGUCUGGUUUUCUGUGUUGAACACUGUUGCUUUGUACGUUUGUGUGUGUGCGUAUGUGUAUACGUGUGUUGUUAUUUUUGUUUUUGUAAAAAUCAUAUUUAUUUCACUAUUUUUGUAGAUGAAUAACUAUUUGAUUUGGAUUGUAUUUUUCUAUUUGGAUAGGCUUAUUUUACACAUUUUAUUUCCCCCUAAUAUUUAUAGUUCUGUCCAGAAGCAGGAUUCUGUUGAAGAUGAAAAAGAAACAAAGACCGUUUCAAGAAACUCCCAUGCAAUUAUGUAUAUAUUGAUAUAUUAAUAUAUAAACACUAGUAAUAUAUUAAUAUACUUAAUAUAUGAGUACAUCACGUGUUUUGUUUGAAGGAAGUACACAUUGAGGGUUCUAUUAUGUUCAUGGAAGACACUUGAGAUUUCGCCCCUGUUGCAUCGAGACUCGUGGUCUCUCCUCAUUGAUGCUCCGAAACUUGAAUAUAACACAUUUUGAAAGGCUGACUAACCUCGAAUCUGUGUUGUGACGUGCAAUACUGUUUCUAAUGUUUGUAUAAAAAAAAGUAAGAAUAACAGUGUAAACCUUUUUAAUGCAGAUUUAUUUUUUUCAUUGCAUAUUUUGCAAAUUUCUGAUUCACAGUGUCAUUUUUUACUGUCAGAAAAUAAAACCCCUUUUUUUCAUUGCAACUAUUUUUAAAUCCAGAUAUCUUUGUACUGAUGUAAAUGAUUGUAGUUAUUUUGGAUAGUGUUUUGCUAACAAAAGGAGAGACUUUUUCAUGCAUAUUUCUAUUUCUUUUCAUUUUGGUUUAUUCUUUUUGUAUUUCAUUUAAAUAGACAAGUAGCAAAAUACUUGGAAUAAUUUUUCAUAUUAUGUGUCAUUAAUAUUAUUUUGUAUUUUUAUGUGGAAUAUAUAUAAAUAUAUAAUUUUAUGAUGCUAAUUGCAAAAAUAUAAUUUUAAGUUGAAUUAUUUUUAAAGCUAAAAUCUUUGUAAUAUUGUCAAAGUUACUAGUUUCUAAAUCGGAGUUUGUGUAUAGAUUCACACAAGUGGUUUAUGAAGUGUUCGGAUUGUAAUUAUUACUGAAUGGUUCUUUGAUAUGCAAAUGAAUAUCGUGGAUUUUUAUUUUGGUUUGUUUUGUAUUUAAAUGGGGUGUUGAUUACAAUCUUUCAUUUCCUGAAUAAAGACCCAUUCUGUUCGGACACAG